AUGGCUUUCCAUCAACCGACUCGACAGUCGGUUCAACGCGUUGUACGGCCUCCAGCCGACGAACAGGAAGUUCCUCGAAGAGAGGCGCCUAUUGUCCAAGAGCGCCAGCCAGAUGAGUCGCAGGCAUGGGUACUAUUUGCGCCGACUGAGGUGACGACAACGUCAUAUCUCACCGAAACAGACCAUUCAUUACAAACUCCCGGAAGGUCAAGAGUUGGUGAUUUGGGAAGUCUGAACCCGACUGCGAAAUCGGAGGAUGCGUCACGCCAAUCCGCUUCAGCAUCUGCUCUCGACGAUGAGGAAGACGCUGAGCUGGAUAGUCUAGAUGGGCAUUUACCUGGCUUUCGUUCGAUACCCGCGGUGCAUUACCAGCAACAGGAGGGUGAUAAUCAAGCAUCUGGUCCCGUGUUUCCUAGCCACGACGGGCUAGGAUCCUUCCAUCUUGAUCAACCGACGUUGGGCGCCGAGGCCCAGGACCACAUUUACCAGUUCGAGCGCUUCAACCCUAGACGGCAGUUUCAACGAAAGGAGAGCUAUGAUUUGAGGCAACUCGAUGUGGAACAUGACCAAGUACAUGAAACAGAAAAGCGCCAAAGAAUCGAAGCAUGGCGUCUGGAGCACAGUCGAGUACUGCUCGGCGAGAUCCAACGGGAGACAAGGAGGAGGCGCUUUUCUCAAGCCUCUAUUCCCAAGCGACCAUCUUCUAAUGUGCCUUCUGUAGCCUCGGCUCUAGCAUAUGAUGGGGAGUCAGAUAACAUGACGUGGCACGAUGAGGACGCCAUCACGACACCCACCGAUUCAGAAGGCAUGUUCACUAAGGUUACCAAGAAAUUUCUACGAGAUUUCGUUGGAAUGGACGAACACUCAAUCUCAGUUAUGCUGGGAGAAAUUGAGCCUGAGAGUAACGAGGAUCUAUCUUCUACACCCCGCGCCUCUCAGCACUUGGCAUGGGAGUCACAACAAUUCACCAACAGAGAGGAAUGGCAAUUGAAUAUGCUCGAGACGAUGUCCAGAGAGCUCGGUUCAAUCGUGAGCCAUAUCUCGCAUCACCCAGGUGCAUUCUCAACAUAUACUCGAGUGCAGCAAAUGCCGUUGCCUUAUGCCGGACUACCAAUCAUCCCAGAGACCAAUUCCUCUCACUCCGCUACAGAAAACAUCCGACCUACCGAACCCGAGCAAUCAUCAUUUCCUCAAUUUAAACCAACAAUGCAGCCUUCUUCACAGCCUAUCGAUGUCCUUGGCAGGUCAGCCGAACAACCAACUGAGACAGAACGUGCCUCACGACAAGAUACGCCGAUGAGCAAUGCCUUCACCCAGGAGGAGUGGGAGAAAGAUUUGGAUAUGAAGCUCGUAUUCCGUUAUCUACGCUCUCGGUUCAUGCCACGAAACAGCAACCCGCCUCCUUCUACCCCAGCCCAUCUAGCGACAACAAGUAGUCAAGAUACGGCCGCCAAGCUGGCUCGCGUCCGACAACACCACCCGUUGGUCUCACGCAUGCGGCCUGCAGCUGAGCGUCGAACGUUCAAAGCCACGACGCCCAGCAGUCCAGUGGCGAUCCGACAUCCGAGUAGUUGCGCGAGUCAGAGCACAAGACGAUCAGCUCGACGGAGCAGCGUCUCAUCACGGCAUUAUUGGGACAUCGGUGGGUCGCUGGGUACGGGUUCAGUGAUUGCGUCCAACGGCCCGAUGGGUAGUUGGGGCGAAGUAUGA